AUGUUCUGUUGUUCAAGUCGCGAUGAUGAGAAGAAGCAUCCUGCAAGCAGCUCAACCGUGGUCAAUAGGACCGCAGAGACAGCGCAGAGCAUCAGCAAGCCGGUGGGGGUCGGCGUAAUCUUUCAGCCUGACUCGACCGGGGCGCUCCACGUCAAAUCUCUGGCUGUCGGAGGGCCGGCAGAUCGGUCAGGGCUGGUGUGCGUGGGGGACGUCUUGCAUGAGAUCGACGGACACAUCGUGUACCGGAAGCCGGUCGCCCAGCUCGCACCUCUGAUCCUGGGGAGAGAGGGAUCGGUCGUCCGACUGGGACUGCAACGUGGGAAUGUCCCACAACUGAUCUACGUGGACCUGAUGCGAGACUGGAGCAUCCAGGCGGCGGUGAAUCAGAAUGCCCUGCGAGGCUCGUCGCUGGGAUCAGACAAGGUAUGGUCUCAUCCGUUGCCCGCAGGCAGUAAGAUCCUACACUAUGCCUCCUCCAACUCGCAGUGA